AUGGCGCAACUCCAGCAGGAUGAGCUUAUGGCAGACUUCAUACCGUUAGAUUCUGGAGAUGUCCCCGACGAAAUGCGGAUCCAGCACCAAUCAGCAAAGGACCACUUCCACGAGAUGCACCCGGAGAUCGAGAUGAUGGAACAUAAGUGUGUGUGCGGACGCUACUUCAAAGAGCUCAAGAACAUGCGAAGCCAUCAAAAGGCCACUGGACACGGCGCCUGUGUGUGCGGAGAGAACUUCUCAAGCUACCCCGAGCUUCAUCGUCACCGAUUCGAAGCGGUACACUUUGUGCGGUGCACCUGCGACAAGAUAUUCGGGUCUACACAGCAUCUGCUCUCGCACCAACGCUUAGAGAGCCACUCCGGGUACCGCGAUACGAAGAAGGGAUCGCUGAAGUGGACCGCAAUAGAAAGCAACACCCUUAACGAAGUACUGUGUCCCUGUGGCGGGCAGAUCCUGGACAGUCAAGACGGCAGCAGCGAAGAACCGCUCCAGUGCGAUGCGUGUAGCCGCGUCUUCCGCGACGCCUACGGCCCCGCGCGUGACACAUACGACCCGUCGACGAGUAUUUUCAGCUGCUGUAACUGCGGGCUAGAGUACGAUACGUGGGACGAAAUGUGGCAGCACCAGCUCUUCAUCCAUCACCCAUGCAUCGCGUGCCACCGUAUUUUUGUCUGCGAAACGCGGUUGAUGGCACAUCAGCGCGCGACGAGCCACUGCUAUUGCGCAGCCUGCACGCAGCACUUCAUGACGCCCGACCGCCUGCGCCAGCACCUCCUCGAAGACCACCAUCUGCCACGCGCCACCGUCUUCCAAGACGCCCUCGACGAGCGUCCGCUCUCUGACCCGUCCUCGGCCGCCGCGGCGCCGGUCUUCAAAGGCGGCUUCAAGAGUGGCAAGAACUUCCUGCACAUCAGCCUCCGUUGCCGCGUCUGCGGCUCCGACUUCACCUCGCCCAAAACGCUCCACGACCACCGCACGCGCGGCUGGCACGACCCCUUCACCUCCGUCGCCUGCCCCUUCGCCGCGUGCGAGGCGAGCGAGAAGAGCUUCCCGAGCGUCUCGGCGCUGCUGCACCACCUGGAAACGGCGCAGUGCGGAUCGGGCAUCACGCUGGCCGAGCUGAACGACGCACUGCGCGGCCCAGCGCGGCUCGAGGCCUGCGUCCUGCCCGAGCACCGCUUCCGCCCCACGCCGCGCGACCCCUGCGCCGGCGGCGCGCUGUCCGACAGGGAGAUCCAAGCGUUGUGCGAGCAGGUCGUCGCCUCUUCGUCCGCAGAAGGGGAGGGCGGCGGCGGCGUCGUAGGCGAUGCCAGUAGCAGCAACAAGAAGCUCAAGCUCAAAUGUCCCUUCUGCCCCGCCUCCGCCUGGAAGACGUUCCCGACCAAAGCGCAGCUCAAGGCCCACCUCACCCACUACAACCACACGCCGCGCUUUCUGCAGUUUCCGGACUCGGUCGUCCUGCCGCCCACCAAGUCCAAGCGCAAGACCGACUUCGGCGCCUGGAGCGGACUGGCCCACUCGCUCGAGACGCUGCUGUGCGCGGGAGAGGUUGAGGGCGUGCAGGCGGCAUUGGACGUGAUCGAGGAUGCGUUGGCGGAGCUGGGGAAGAUGGCGAACGGCGCGGAGGCCGGCGGGAUGGGGGAGGAGGCCGAUAUGGUGGUUGAUUGA